AUGGGAGUCUCGGAUCCUGAGAGCGAUAAGUUGACAGGGCGAAGUUUUGUGGCGUCUGCAAUUCGCAAUCUCCUUCCCAAAGAUGUGGUGGAUCUGCAGCCUGACCUUGUUAUCCACUGCAGCAGCCAGCCUGUGACUGAGUACAACAAUCCGUCCUUUUUUCCUGGUCUGUAUCCCACUCUUUUUCCUUAUGGACUCGGGGGCUUCGAAAUCAAGUCUAGACGGACUGCAUUGGCAUUCAAGAAACAAGCUAAGUACUUCUUAUCCGUGUCUGACCGUGCCUUUCGUUACCAUAACAGUUUCAUAUUCGUCCUGCUGAACAUAUUGCAGCGUCGACAAGCUCAUCUCCAGACCUAUUUCACCGUGGGCAAAUCGAACUUUGAUAGUGUUGCUCGUAAACUCACGACUGUGUCACCAAUACUACUUGAACGCUUGGCGAUUAAGCUGGAACACGAACGAAAAUUGGUUGACCCUACCGCUGAAGAACGUAAUGCUCUGCAACUUUUGCAGCAAGUGAACACAAUGUCUGCUCGCAUUCCAGGCUCGCAGGCCUCGAAAAUAUUCGUGAGGAAUGAGAUUCGCAACUACUAUGGGUAUUUUGGCCUGCCCCACAUAUUCUUCACCUUUAACCCCAGUCCUGCUCACAGUCCUGUUUUUCAGGUAAUGUUCGGCGACAAAACAGUGGACCUCAGUGAGCAUUUUCCUGCGAUGCCUUGUGGGCGUGAACGAGCACUCAGACUUGCGCAGGAUCCUGUAGCUGCCGCGGAUUUUUUUGAGUUCUCUUUCAGGUCCCUAUUCCGUCACCUUAUGGGCUGGGACUUUGAGGCCAGAUGUGCCACUGCUUCUGGAGGGAUUCUCGGGCAUGUCCGUGCUUUCUAUGGUAGCUCUGAG